AUGGUUGUAGGAGAUACCCAUGGAAAUAUAUUCGAUGUUGUCAGAAUAUUAAAAAAUGGAGGCUUACCGAUCAGCCAUAAAUACCUUUUUCUCGGAGAUUUUGUGGAUCGAGGAGACUAUUCGAUCGAUGUUAUGGUUUUACUCCUUGCAAUGUUGGUUCAAUAUCCGCAAAAUUGUUUUUUAGUCCGUGGAAAUCAUGAAUUCAAAAGCAUUAAUUCAAAAUAUGGAUUCUAUGAAACAACCUUUGCUCGUUACAAUGAUGAUUCUCCCUUCAAUAAUGUUAAUGAAGUUUUUAAUUAUCUCCCACUCGCUGCUGUCGUUAAUCAACGUUAUUUCUGCACGCACGGUGGUAUUUCUCAAUACCUAAGGCAUUAUAGUCAGUUAAAUAAGAUUACAAAACCCUUUGAUAACAUGGAAGAAACUGCCGAUUACAGAAUUGUAUCAGAUGUCCUCUGGGGUGAUCCAGUAGAUCCACCAAAUGGUAUGCAGCUUACCAAGCGUGGUAUUGGCAGUCCAUAUACCGAGCAAAUGGUUACGGAUUUCUUAAAACUAAACAAAUUAGAAGCAAUCAUCAGAGCUCACACACCAAUAGAUACAGGCGUGGCCCGUCAAUAUAAUAACCAACUCUAUACUGUUUUUUCUUCAAGUGAUAUAGAAGAAAGUCAACAAUGUGGAGUUCUUUUCCUAACGAUGAAUUCUCCUCCGAACCCAUUCGUAAUGAACCCUAUACGUGUUAUUCCUUUAGAAUCUGCUGUUUUUAAGCAAUUUAGACAGCCUAUGAUUACGACAGGCAUUAAAGCUAGUUCAUUGCUGUUAACAACAACAGCUAGAGACCACCAUAUCGUUAAGCCUUCAACAAAAAGGAUAAGACACGUUUCCACAUCUUUAAUUUUGAACGUUUGGAAAUCGGGUCGCCCUCAAGAAUAA